AUGUCUGCUAAACGUGUCUGGCACCAUGACAACAAAAUGAAUCGCUUUGCGACGCAGUCGGCGGAGCAUUUUAAUGCCAAUCGGCUCUUCCGUUUGCUCGACUUUCGUGGACUAGCUGGCUCUCAAAAUCGCUCUUCAAUCGCGGCCACGGCUUUCGUCGUAAUCGAGCAUUUGUCCAACUGGUACCAGAAAUGUGAUGGAGCUGGCCGGACGGUUCCGGUCAUGUCCAUCCAUAGAAAGCGUCAUUCCACAUGGUUGCAUUGGUUUGGCUCUUCUUGCUCUUUUCUUUUCUUCCUCGGAGCUAUAAACAAUUCUAAAAAAACUUGCCCAAUCUGCUGCCAAGCCAAGUAG